AUGGAAAAUGCCUCUGGUAACCGUCCUGAUGAGGACAAGCCCAACACUCGCUCUCCAAACAGCACUCUUCGCCUAUCCGUCCUUCAGAACUCGGUGGAGCUAGGAUAUCCUAUCACUUUGACCCUAAUUUUGAAAAGGAAAACAGGCACCCCACAGAAUGUCAACAUUUCAUGCUCCCUCGACCUACAGACAUACACGGGCAGCAAGAAGACAAACCUGGGGAUCAUCCAGAAGACUGUGCACGUCCAAGGUCAAGAAUCCGAGGUGGCUCUCAGCAUGGACGCCAACUCCUACAUCUACAAACUGGGCAUGGUUGAUGAUGAGCUGGUCAUCAAAGGGUUCAUCAUUGCAGAGAUCAUGGAGUCUGGGGACAGGGUGGCCACUGACACAACCCUGUGUUUCCUGUACCCUGCUUUCUCUAUAGAGAUGCCGAGCACAGGCAGGGUCAACGAGCCCUCCUCAUCACCUGCAUCUUCAAGAACACCCUGCCCAUCCCUCUGA